AUGAAGACUCUGACUCUCCUCUCCAUCUGCGCUCUUCUGUCGGUGUGCUGGUCCAUGGGUGUUGCACCUGUUGCUGACCCUGCUGCUGACCCUGCUGCUGACCCUGCUGCUGACCCCGCUGCUGCCCCUGAUUCAUCCUCCUCAUCCUCUGACUCCUCUGACUCCUCUGACUCUUCUUCCUCCUCUGAGUCCGAUUCAGCCUCAUCCUCUGAAUCUGACUCAAACUCCUCCUCAGACUCGUCAUCUGACUCGGCAGCAACUGACUCCUCUGAUUCUUCCUCUUCCUCUUCAUCCUCCUCAUCCUCCUCAUCUUCAUCAGAGUCAACCAGUACUGAAGCUCCUGAGGUGAUUGUGAAGAGAGACCUGGCUGCUGUUCUCCUGAGGAGAAGACGAGCUGCCCCAGCAGGAGACCUCUCCCCUCUUCAGUUAGAAAGCCUUAGAGAGGUAUGUGAGCUGAACGUUGCCUGUGACGAGAUGGCUGACACCGCUGGUAUCGUUGCAGCAUACAACGCCUACUAUGGACCUGUCCCCUUCUAA